UUCAAAAUUGUUAUGUUUCAGGUCAGAAUGUCUCUCACGCCAAACAUAUCCAUGACACCCCCUUUGACUCCUCCUCUGGAGGCAGAGGGGAAUCAUUUUGGCAACGACAGUCUCGAUUACAUGGAUUUCUUCAACACCGAAAUGGAUGCAUCUCCUGUGAAAGAAAUGGAAGCCCUGGAUCAUCCAGUCGACUGUGGGUUGUUACUCUUCUCUUGUAGAGGAGAAGCCAGGUGGACAGAGAGUCUCAGUGAUACAUCAUGCAUCGGCAAGAGAGUAUUAGUUCACCUCCUCCAACAGAAGAAUCCUUGUUCCUUCUCUUCUGAUUAUACUUUUUACUUGCCAUGCACAGCUGACAAUGUCGUGUGUAAUUUGGAACACUACUUUUUGUGUGUUAGACAAGCCGUGUCUGAGCUAGAAAGAGGGGCACAAUCAAAUGUUUGCCUCAGCCAGAGUUGUCACGACGCUCAGUACCCCAAAGUACGAGAAGAAGUGGCCAGGUUCUUCAAUUGUUUGAUCUCGCACGUUAUCACUUGCGGAAGUGAAAACAUCUGUAAUGAAAACUUUAUGAAAAAUGUCAUUGCUGAGAUUCUUGACUUGUUAUUGUACAUGCAUCCCCUUCACGACUUGCCGGAACAUGUGACAUCAGCAAGUUCACCACGUGGCAAUAAGAGUCUAUCUGCUGCUUACCAUCUCCUACACCUUCAUCUGGAUAUCCGAUGGUGGAGCCUUAUACUUCUUUACAUCAUUGAAUCUAACUGGGGCUGUCUUUCCUUGCCUGCAACUCAUUCCAGAACCUCUUCAGUUCUUGUGAAUGAGCCUGUCAUAUCUUCAAAUAUUGGGAUGGCCGUUCUGGAUGAAGCACCAGUCUUUGAACAAUUGAUCUCUUUAGUAGUGUGGGAUCUGAUCACCAUUAUGUGCCGUGAAGGUCUGAAAAAAAGCAUUAGCGACAUGCACCAAGUCGUAGGAUUUUCAUGCACUUGUUCGCUGGAGUUGGGGGUAAUGGUUCUUCACCUUCUGGACCACAGACAUUCAAGUCUAGGGAAGCAGAGCUUUUGGGACCAUGUCAAAAACAAGAUUUUAAUUCUGCUGAAGUUACACAGUGAAUCGUCCAACAACGGUGUCAUCUCAGUCCCCUCAGAAGAUCCUGCGUCAGCAGAUCAGCGAUUUGAUAUCAUCCAGUAUCCGGCCCCAAUAACCAGAGGAGUGAAACUCCCUCACAUUUGGUGGAUUUUUGUCAAUUUUUCCAGAUUAUAUACUUACGACAAUUUAGGAAGACAAGUCCAGCCAAAAUCUAAUGAAAUAAAGAGCGAAACCAAAAUGCUCAGAACGCUAGUCAAGUUAUCAGUUGUGGAACCUAGAAAUGGUGCGCAGCCCACAGAGGUUGAACUUCGCUUCUUCGUCCGAAGUUGUCUGGUUCUCCACAGUUUAUGGGGUGGAGAGAGAAGUAGUGAAUGGGCAUCAUCGUUGUGGGAUUACUUUUCUAAACACUUGGAUUCUAGUUUUCUUUUGCCCGGUGCAGGAGUAGAGGGCUUGGCAUGCAUGAGCAAAACUGUGGGAGGGUGGCUAGAACAAGUGAAGUCUCGAAUUUCAGACCCAGAUUUGUUUGGAAAAUCGGAGAGUUCAUGGCAGAUUUUCCUCAGGAUUGUUGUUGGAGUUGUUCAGAGUGGAAACUUGGAGUGGAGGCAGAUGAGGGGUCGUAUUUAUUCCAAGUUCCAUGGCCGCAAGAUGUUGGAGCUCUCCCCAGUGGGCCUGCACAAUUCCAUCACCUUGUUCCUUUGUUUAGCCAACACUACAGAUAUGGUUGAUGUGACAAAUAAACUUUGUGAAUUGUUGAUGAUGGCUCCUUCAUCAAGUGUCAGCAAAUCUAAAGUAGUGUGGCGUGGGUUCUUAACGACAAUUUUGUUGCUUGUGGAAUCCGGUUGCAACAUAGCUCCAAUCACUGAGAAAUUUAGCCCACUCAUUGCCUCUGCAUGUCAGGAGUACAUAACAUCAAGAGACGCUAUGCUUAGAAGAGACUAUGGUCAGCUAAUAAUAUUGUACGCAGAAGGUAUACAGGAGAUAUUUGAACACAGCAGCGAUCUUACUUUGGGCCAGCAUUCUCUCUUGUGUACUGGGCUAAGUUCUGUCUUGCAGCAUUGUGGAAUACCCGAGAUGAAGGCCAUAUUACUAGCAGUUAAUUCUGCAUUGAUUAAGGUUCUGAGUAAUGCUGAAAAAUUCCAUUGCUUUACAGUUCGCGCAGGGAUGGAAGUCAUUGAAACCAUCUGGAAGGAGUUUGGUAUUUUCAUCAAGUCUCAAGCCACUGUUUUAACACCCCCUGCUGUUUUAGGGUCUGUUGCAGCAUCUCUCACACUCUCUUUGGCCCUGUAUCAUCAGAAUAACAUUGAUGGAAUGAAGGAAACUCCUUCAGGGCUAUUCAUCUACUUUUUAAGCAACGAGGCUGUUAAUGCUACGUGUUCACAGCAGUACCUUCAUUCAUUGUUGUCGGAUCCCAGUUGCUUAGCAAAAAUCAGCCAAGUUUGUCCUACCUAUGAAGUACAUUUAGUUGCCAACUGGUUGUCAUCUCUUGUGACUUUGGGCGACACUGAAGAGCUCCUAACCUUAACACCUCUCAUCACUAGUCUUCCAGGAGUCUCUGAAGUUUGCCAACCACUGGCUUGUCCAUUCACAGCUGCUAAAGCCUUUGUUAAAGGCGUAGGCAGAAAGUUUUCAAAUCUGACUAAUUUCAGUGAGCGCAUGGCAUAUCGUGACGUAGCGCUGCAGUACUUUUCUUCCCUAGACAAGGCUUUUGGAGCUCUGCUAAAAAAGCUCCCUCUUCCAGAAUAUCUUUCUUCAGCCAUGGAGUUAUUUGCAUCCAUCAUAUACCACUGUCAUUCUGUUAUAUACAUAAAGUCUCGCCCUACGUGUCCACUGCCAAGUCUUAUAAGCACAGUCAUUCUUCCAACUAAUGUAUAUAGUUCUGAGAAGCCUCUCAGCUCACCCCUCUUAGCUGCAUUGACACCAAAUAUGCCCAAGAUUUUGUGUGGCCUUGGGUAUCUCAGUGUAACACAAGAUCCAUACAUAAUGCGCUGCGUGAAAGAUAUUUUUACACAUUACAUGCAUCGUUUCCCAGUCAAGACUAACAAGAACUACAUCACUGUUACUCAUCCAUUUAUUAUGUGCCUUCAUGAUGCUGACAUACAAGAGGAAAAUCUUCACGAUUUGCGCAGCACAUUUUUAGAAGUUGUUCGGGAUAAUUACUUCGAAAAACCAGGUGUCAGCAACGUACAUCAUCAGAUAGUAAUAUCACUGCUGUUAGAAAUUAUGGCUCGAAAUUCAAGUGAAUGGGUGACUAGAUUAACCACAGUCCUAUUGCACCCUUUACUGGAGUUGUUGCUAGCAGUGGAAGACCAAGUCACCAAGCGAAUGGCCACAGAUUACCUACAAAAGUUGCUCAUGGAAGCACAAGAACAAAAUUCACCCUCAAGAGGUGUACUGGUGAAAAUCAUCAGGAAAUUUGUACUGCAACAUGUCUCUUGGUCUUCCCAUCGAUUAUUCCGCGUUCUUGGUGUGAUGGGAAUCACAUGCAGGCCUCUUCUGGUUGACUGUCUCCCUGACAUAGCAUAUGCUGUUAGAAAAACUGAAGAAAAGAGAGGCACUGGAUUGGAUCAUACACUAAGACAAGGGUACAACAACCUGCUCACCAGUCUUGCAGUUAACGAAGAUGAAAUUGAAGAUACCAGAUGACUGUAAAUUUGUAGCUGCUACGGAGGAACACUUGAAAGUUUCGCGUAUUUGUGCUUGGAGGUAGGAAUGUAAAUAUUUUCAUUAAAUAUUUUGUUAAUAAAAAUUUUAUAUAUU